CCCAAAUCCACCCUCCCCCUUCUUUGGAAAAGUGGUUGCGCCCAGUUGCCUACUACUCCUACUUGGUGCAAUGGUUGUUUCCUCUUUAUACAUCAAUGCUUCGUAAUUGUAAAGCAAAAGCACUUCUCUUCAACUGCCUGAAACGCCUCGUCUGCAUUCCUGCCUUAAAUUCCCCAAUCAGUGACCUAGACAAUUAAGAAAGCCCGUCCAGCGGCACGCCCUCUCUCUAAGGAAGAGAACCAGGAGGCAGGCAGGUCGGCAUUGAACAAUUUGUUUGGAUUAAAUUGAUCAUGUCCCAGUGGAGGCGUUGUGUGCUUGGGUGCACAAGCAUAACGCAAUUGUUUGGACUUCCAAAAGAAGAAGAAAAGAAGAAUCAAUGGCUUAAAUUUAUUUAUGGAACUCGUCCUGAUCAGUACAACCUCAAUAUUUUUUUGUGUUUUCGGCAUUUUACCAAGGAUAACUUUGUGAACUGGGCACAGUUCAACUCAGGGUUUUCCAAGCGUUUGUUACUGAAAGACGGGUCAGUUCCCACUUUGUUUGACCAACCUGGAGCUUCCGUAUCACAACUUCAGGACACUGGUACCACACAAACUAGAUUUCAAGAAGUAGGAUGCCAGACUGACCAUCCACAAACCAUCUCAGUGGGCACACAGUCUGUGGCUUCUAAAAAGAUGUUUUCGGUCGGCACACAGCUAUCCAGGGGCACACUGAGGGAGCAUCACAUGAGAAGCAAAGGCACCCAGGCAAUGGUGUCUUGUGUCAGUGUUGGGACUAAAACCACAUCCCGUUGUGACUCCCCACCGUCAUCUACACCAAUUAAGGGCCAGUUAGUCAGACCAAGGAAGAGACCUCGUCUUGAGUUGGAGGAGGAAGAGGAAGCAGACUCUUCAGCGGAGCCUGCGGAGCUGCUAGACUCGACAUAUAACCCGGGCGACUUUGUUCUUACGGAGGAAUCUGACAUGUCGUUUGUGCCAAGGACCACAUAUGCUGAUGAUAAAUAUGUCGUCUUUGAAAGCUGCCUCAGAGAGCUGUUUGACAACUGUCCAAUGUGCAAUACUAGGUGUGAUGUCCGGCGGCUACGAAUUGGUACUUAUGUGGCAUUCAACCAGUUUUGCCCAAAAUGCAACUACUCGAGGCAGUGGCAGAGCCAGCCCAUGGUUCGAAGUACUCCUGUUGGCAACCUUCUGUUGUCAGCAGCCACAUAUUUCACAGGUGCAUCCUUCAUACAACUGGAAAAGAUAUUCAAGGCCAUGCAGCUCCAGAUUUUUCCGUACGACACCUUCAGGAUGCAUGCUAGGAAUUUCUUGGAGCCAGCUAUUAUCCACAAAUGGACAACGGACCAGCAGAUUCUUUUGCAGCAGCUAAAGCAGAAGGGAACACUCAGACUUUGUGGAGACAUGCGAGCAGACUCACCAGGCCAUUCAGCUAAUUUUGGCAGUUACACCAUGAUGCACCUGGAGAGCAACACUAUUUUGGACCUUCAGCUUGUUCAGAGCAAUGAAGUACGUGGUAGUUACCAAAUGGAGAAGGAGGGAUUGAAAAGAUGCCUAGAUCUUCUUGAAUCAAAUGGUUUGAUAGUGGACUACAUCGUUACCGACCGCCAUCUACAAAUUCAGAAGUUUCUUAGGGAAAGGAACAUCACACAGUUCUAUGACGUGUGGCACUUUGUAAAAGGUUUGUCCAAGAAACUGGACAAAGUGGCACAAAACAAGGAGUGUCUGGUGCUGAGAAAGUGGCUGCGUAGCAUAAAAAAUCAUCUUUACUGGAGUGCCAACUCGUCAAAAACAGGGCCUGAAAAGGUGGCCAAGUGGACAUCCUUGGUCAACCACAUCCAAAAUGUUCACAAACAUGAAAACCCCAUCUUUCCCAAGUGUGAACAUCCGGACCGAGUGUCGAGGGAUCCGGCAAAGUGGUUCCAGCCAGGGUCAAUGGCACUCCACAAAGUGGAAAAAAUACUUUGCAAUAAGAGAGUUCUCAAAGAUGUGGAAAAGCUGAGUCACCACUUCCAAACCUCAUCGCUGGAGGCAUUCCACCGCUUGAUCCUGCGUUUUAUACCCAAGAAUGUGGUCUACCCUUUCCUGGGAAGGUUGUGUAGGCUGUACCUAGCAGCCAUGCAUUACAACGAAAAUGCAGACUACAGCCAAGCAACAACAUCUCUAGGGCAAGCUGUCUACAAGGAUGUGUUCCCCCAAUCAGAAAAGGGUGAAUGCUCAGAAAGGCCUGUGAAAACGGUCCCCACAUACAAUUAUGUGGAUGACCUGAUGAGGCUCGUCUUCGAGGAGGUGUUUGAGGACCCAGUGCCAUUUGCUGAGGAGAUGCAUAAAAUCUCCAUCCCCAAGGACCUGGUAUCCCAAUAUGAGAGACCCUCAAAGGAGGAAGUGGCUGUCCAACAUGUCUCCCUAUUCAGUCAAGUGGCAGGCGGAUGCCGGUGUAUUGACCAGUGGGAUCAGGAAACUCCUGGCUUAUCCGGAGUACAACACAGGACUGGAUCACAAUCCUGACUCGGUCCUAAAUAGCCCCAGCACCAGCUAACAAAGCUGCGAUAGGCGAGAUGACGGUAAUCCAUGAUAGAGGAUUGGACACUAUUAGUGUUGAAGAUACAAUUUAGCUGCUGUGUAUAUAGAUUGUAUUUUCAUCUAUCAUUUAGAAAGUUCUCUUUACUUCUUUUUUUACAUUUUGAUAUAAAUAAAGUUUCUUGGUGAAAAUA